AUGGAAAUGCUUUUCUGCUCUACUGUGGUGGGAUUGCCUUUCUUGAUUCCUCCCAUGCUUUUCACAGGACAGUUAUUCAAAGCAUGGACAUCAUGGUCACGGCAUCUAUAUGUGUAUGGAGUAUUAGUUAUUGAAGCAAUGGCCGCAUUUAUUGGCCAACUCUCUGUGCUGUCACUCAUUGCCAUUUUUGGAGCUGCCAACACAGCCAUGAUAACAACGGCAAGAAAGGCAGUGACAUUGCUACUAUCAUACCUCAUAUUUACAAAACCAUUGACAGAACAACAUGCAACUGGACUCCUACUCAUAGCUAUGGGGAUUACAAUGAAGAUAUUUCUUGAUGACAGAUCCAACAAGAAGGCCUUGAACUCUUCUCCAAUUGCUAAUAUUCCAAAACCUUCUGAGGACAAAGAACUGAUGGCGCAAUCAGAUUAUGCAGGUGAACAUGAAGAAAGCAGACCAUUGGUUUAGCAUUGACAGACAUCAGAUACAUUUUAAUUUCUAUAGUGCAUGAAAAAUAUCAUUCAAAUGUCAAAUUAGUAUGUUUUAUUUUUUUUUUUCAAUUGAAAACUCUUUACAAUUAGGCACUACAUUUUGUUUUAUAUAAUCAAACAUCUUACAAUAAGUUCAUUUAGAAUGUAAACCUAUUAUAGGUUGUUCUGAAGGAAAAUAUACAUUUAGAGUGUGUUUGGAUGGAGAAA